CUUGCAGAGGUCUCUCUCAAUUCCUCAGUAUGAUCCCUGUCAUUUUUAUCUGUUUUGGCAUUCUCUAUCCAACCCUUUCUCCAUAUCUCCUUCACCUCUGCCAAUAUCACCUCCAGCUUUCCUUCUCCCAUUUCCCUCUCUUUCCACCAUGCCAAGAAACCAAGAAGUUAGUACUGCUUAAUCUGCCAUUUUCUUUCUGUAACACUUCAUGCCAUGCACACUGAUUAAUAUUCUAUAACUUAUUCAAUAGCUCUUGUCAUUUGGAGGUAUAUUGAUAUAGUAUUAAAACUCUUUGUCUAUGGUGAUUCCAGGUUAUGUGGCCCAGAUUGGUAGCUAACAAGAUCCUUAGAAAGAGAUUAGGAAGCAAGAACUUUGUAGCAGAUUUUCCAAGCAACAAAGAAACCCUGUUGGAAAUUCCAAGCUUAGAUCAGCCAUCGUUGAAACCCAAGACCAUAUUCAGUCAUCAUAAGGAUGCACAUAAUUAUAGGAUUUUCGUUAGUACUUGGAAUGUUGGAGGGGUUGCACCACAUGAAGAUUUGGAUAUGGAGGAUUUGCUAGAUACAGGCAACACUUCCUCUGACAUCUACGUUCUUGGGUUUCAAGAAAUUGUACCCCUUAGCACAUCCAACGUGUUGGGACCAGAAAAUGGCAAGGUUUCCAUGAAAUGGAAUUCCCUGAUUAGAGAAGCCCUGAACAAGAAAACACGCUGCCGAGACAAAAUCCAACAUUCCAAUGAAGAUGGAAAGUUAUCAAUCGGAAACAGCAUCCCGGGGCAAGACUUCCGGUGUGUUAUGAGUAAGCAAAUGGUUGGGAUACUAAUCUCAGUUUGGGUUCGAAGCUAUCUUUGUCCUUACAUCGAGUAUCCUAGUGUCUCAUGUAUUGGCUGUGGAAUCAUGGGCUGCCUUGGAAAUAAGGGUUCAGUAUCAGUUAGAUUCCGGUUACAUGAAACAAGCUUCUGCUUUGUGUGCUGUCAUCUGGCUUCUGGGGGUAGAGAAGGAGAUGAGAAGCUUAGAAACUCCAAUGUUUCCGAAAUAUUGUCCAGAACAAGUUUUCCUAGAGGCCCUUCACUUGAUUUCCCAAGAAAGAUCCUAGACCAUGAUCGGGUGAUUUUGCUUGGAGAUCUGAAUUAUAGAAUUUCCCUACCAGAAUCAACUGUUCGGCUCUUAGUGGACAGAAGAGAAUGGAAUGCCCUGCUAGAAAAUGAUCAGCUAAGGCUGGAGCUGAUGAAUGGUCAACUCAAAGGUUGGCAUGAAGGAUCAAUCACAUUUGCUCCAACUUAUAAAUACUGUCCGAAUUCUGAUGUUUACUAUGGGGGUUUUAAUCAAAGCAAAAAAGGCGAAAAGAAGCGUGCCCCAGCAUGGUGUGAUCGAAUAAUAUGGUAUGGGGAAGGAUUAAAGCAACAUGUAUAUAACAGAGGUGAAGAAAAUUUCUCUGAUCAUAGACCUGUCAAAGCAAUAUUUACUGCUGAAGUUGGGGUUUUACAUUCGCUGAAACAAUUUCAAAGCAUUUUCUUAUCAGACAGGUUUGACAGAAUUACGAGCCAGUUAGAGCUAUCCUCAACCAAUGACUUUCAAUGUAAAGAAAGAUCAAGCUUCCAAAUUUAA